AUGAGCAAGCACGUCACCUUGACCCAUAUCACUCCGCUCCCUCAGUACGCCACUCGCGAUGCCGUCGUCACUCUUCUGCACGAUCACUCGACCAUGAUCACGGCGAACCCGCUCGUCACCCAUCAUGGCCGCUGCACGCCGCCUCCCAACGCGCUCCCAGACGAACUGGACUCGGCCUGGUACGAGAUCACCGACAAGGUCGAGUACAUCCCGGGCACCUCGUUCUCCGGCAGCGUCACCUAUACCGCCUGCAUGCACGACAUCCCACUGGGACUGCAAACGCACGUCCAUGCGCCAUUCGGAAUGGAGAUUCGCAAUAAAUGGCAGGUCCUCGGCUGGGUGCCUGGCGAGAAACGCGAGCCGAUUGAGAUCGGCGCCGAGCAACACGGAGUCCCAAAGGAGGGCCUGUAUUUGCGCGAGGACUGCGAGUUGAAAUGCAACUUUAUGCUGCUGUCGAUUGUGAAACGCAACAUAAAAAAAUCUCAUGCAGUCUUGGUCGAGCGUCUGGUGGAGAGAAUGUCGCAUUUGAUGCCACUGGACCAGCUGGAACAUCAGCAUCCGCAGCAGUACUCGUCCCUAACGACGCAUCGCCACACUGAUAGCGACAUGGAAAGAUCAGUCACCACCACAUUGAGCUCACGUCCGUCGAUGAGCAGCAUCGGAAGCAGCCGGCCGAUGACAAGAAAUACUCCGGACCUGGAAAUUCCAGAAACCCACUCAGAUGACAGCCAUAGCACUGGCUAUCUCACCGAUGAGCAGCUGCGAGCGGCCACGCCCACGCAAUACAACGAAUACCUCCACCGGCUUGCAUUUGACUGUCAGGCAAAUGGCUACUCGGUCUCGAUCUCGGGCGGAACCCAGAGAAAUACGCGGUCGUCGCCAGAUCAUCAGCACCCGGCCCUCCGAGGAAGAUCCGAGUCGCCUAGCAACAAGUGGCUCCCUGAACCCUCGCUUUAUAAACGCUAUAUAUCAGAAAGCAGUCGAAAUCGGGCCGGCUCGCCGGCUUCCUUGUCCUCGACCAGAUAUGCUUCUCCGUCGAGGAGCGCUCCAUGCACUACUACCUCGUUGACGUCGUCGCGAAUGCCCUCGAGGCAGGGAACACCGGAGCCAGGAUUUCCGCCUCCAAACUAUCCGUAUUUCGGAGCAUUAUAA